AUGGAUAGUCAGAGAUUGCUGGACGGAAAUUUUUCGCCGGGACGAAAUAGAGUAAAAAAGUUGUUGGAACAUUUUGAGAAGUCACCGGUAAAUGCAAUUGCUCGGAGUAGUAACCCAUCGUUAGCAGCACGGGAGAGAUGCCAGUCGAUAUCGCGACAUCGUUCCUCGAAACAAGGAUCCGCUGGCAUCUAUCAGAGACGAAGUAUUCUUAAGAGACAGUCAAAAAGUCAUACGGACAUUCGGCCGAGUGGAAGAUCAUCGAUAACUGUUAGACGACGAAGUGUAAUGUCCAAAAGUUAUAGCCAUGGGGAUCAAGCGGACCUUAUCUCUGCUGUCAGGUUCGGUUCUGUAAUCUAA